GGUUUGUUUUUGAUUAAGUUUGUUUGAUCUGCUAUUUGACGCUCAAUUGUUUCAUAUCGAGUUUAUAUCGGCCUAUAAAUCCAUUGCGUCAACAUGCCCGGCACAGAAGUACCAGCAGGUGGAGACGUUGACAGGGGAAUAACGGCUUCUAUAAUCGUUUUGACCCAGAUUGCAUUUGCUUUCGUGGUUGUCAUGGCAAGAUUCUAUGCUAGAAUCAUGAUCAAAGGACUUGGGAGGGAUGAUUGGGCCAUGCUUGUUACUUUGUGUCUUUUUAUAACAUAUGGCGGUCUCAUGACACACGAAUGGAAACUUGGAGGAUUUCGACAUCUAUAUUACCUCGAUUUAGAGCAAACAAUGAAAGCCGCAAAGUUCAACUACAUAAUCCAAGUGGUCAUUGUCUUCGCCUUUAUCACUGGAAAAGCUGCAGUGGGAUUUCUUGUUCUUCGAAUCAUGAGCGGCGAUACAACCGCUUGGCGUAAAUGGCUUGUCUAUGGAGCUAUGGGGCUCACUGCUGUGAUUAAUGGGCUAGAUUGUAUCUUCACUUACGUGCAAUGCAGCCCGCCUAGAGCAUUAUGGGACUCGAGUAUUCCACACACAUGCUGGGAUCCUAAUGUUCAAUCUCGAUUCGCGAUGUUUACUGCAGCUGAGAACUGUCUCGCGGACAUUGUACUCGCAAUCGUGCCUGCCAGUAUCAUCAUGAAUCUCAACAUGGGUAUGAAAAAGCGUGUCAAUUUGACUAUACUUUUGGGCCUUGGACUUAUUGCUGCUGUUUGCUGUAUUGUCAAAACAACAUUCCUGGGCUCACUAAACGCCCACUCCGAUCUUACUUGGAAAACCUACGACUUGCUCGUAUGGAGCGGUUCGGAACUUUUUGUUAUUAUCGUUUGUGGAAGUAUUCCUCCACUCAAACCAUACUGGGACUUAUAUGUCAGCGGCAAGACUCCUGGGUCAUACGGUAGUCCCGACAAUAGCUACAACAGCCAUCUCAGCUCAUUGCCAACUCGUAGGAAAAGUCGAAUGUCGUAUAUGAAACAAAGUUUGGAUACGAACAGUUCAUCUGAUAAUGUUAAUCCGCAAAAUAUACAUGGGGAUAAAUACAUACAGCGGACAACGGACAUAGAAAUUCAUAGUAUGAGGAUUCGACCAGGGGAUUCUAUGGCAUAGAUGUGGAGAUGUGGUACAAGAAAGAGAAGAUCUUCACGAGUUUCAUUCUUGAUUGUAUUACUACCUGUUUAUAUUGAUGAUUAGAGUUACUACUGGAAACGGAGUUCACGGCGUACCCUGGGUGUUGGUAUAUCUGAUGUAGAUGGAGUUGGGCUUAGAUACCCUUGUUUUUUUAAGAGAUACCAAUGCCUUUUAGAAGCCACUUAGAGUGGAUGGGUUAUAUUCAUAGUUUAUUUUCUAAUGUUUUCACCCAAAAUAUCAUCACCUGAAACA